AUGGGUAAUAUCUGCUGCAUAAAUGGAUCGUCGUCUAAUAGAGAAAAAAUUGAAGAGUACCCAAGAAGACCACUCCCAGAUUUUCAGUAUGUAAAUGCCACAUUCCCACAUGAAGACACCUCGCACAACUUUCUACCUCAUAUUAGCGAACGGGAAGUGACGGAUGAUUGCGAAGAAGAUCCAUCAACUCAUCCAACCGUUCGACCAACAUUUAUUGAAAGAAGUCGUUCGGAAAUGAAAUUGAAAGAUAAUCGACGUUCUUGCUAUCGUUUAGAUGCUCUCUUAGCCAGUGGUGAACCUGGGCUCGGAAACUCCCUACGAAAAUCCUCCUCAUGCUCAACAAUUUAUCUCGACGAUUCAACGAUUAGUCAGCCAAAUUUGAAGAACACGAUAAAAUGUAUUUCCCUUGCCGUUUACUAUCAUAUUGCUAAUCGAAAAAAUCGGGGCAACGAGCGGUUGAUGGAAAUCUUUGAGGAAAGGUUACAUCCGAUUACGAGAGAUCCUCUUGGCUCAGACUUGGUUGCGCAUGACCCUGAUCAUAGGCAGAUAUAUCGUUUUAUAAGAACACUUUUCCACUCGGCACAAUUGACGGCUGAAUGUGCCAUUAUUACAUUGGUAUACAUCGAGAGACUAUUAAAUUAUGCCGAAAUGGAUUUGUGCCCCACGAAUUGGAGACGUGUCGUUUUGGGUUCGAUUAUGUUGGCUUCAAAGGUCUGGGACGAUCAAGCUGUUUGGAAUGUUGAUUAUUGUCAGAUCUUGCGAGAUACUAAUGUUGAUGACAUGAACGAACUGGAGAGGCGCUUUUUGGAAUGUCUCGAUUUCAAUAUUAACGUCCCGUCAUCUGUAUAUGCCAGCUACUACUACGAUUUGCGUACAUUGGCCAUUGCAAAUGAUAUUCAACUCCCGAUAUUUCCGCUUUACAAAGAGCGAGCAAAGCGGCUUGAGGCGUUGAGCCGUGGCUAUGAAGACCGCCUUGGACCGCUAAAGCGUAGUCAUUCCGUUGAAAAAUUAUUCCAUGAACCACGCUCACCAGUGGUUUUGUCC